ACACGUGUUGUUUUCAUGGACAGUUUUCCGUGAUUACAGCUCCGUCAAAGUGUGAUUGUUCUGCGUUGUGUUACAGUCCAGCGUGAAGCCUCAAACAAGUCACAAAUAUGGGGAAGAAACUCAAAGUUGGAAAGACCAGAAAAGACAAAUUCUACCACUUAGCCAAAGAAACAGGUUAUCGGUCUCGGUCCUCCUUCAAACUCAUCCAGCUCAACCGUAAAUUUCAGUUUUUGCAGAAAGCCAGGGCUUUGGUGGACCUGUGUGCAGCUCCUGGAGGAUGGUUGCAGGUGGCGUCCAAGUUUAUGCCUGUUUCAAGUCUAAUUAUUGGUGUUGACCUGGUGCCCAUCAGGGCCAUCCCCAAUGUGGUGACGCUACAAGAAGACAUCACCAGUGAGAAAUGCAAACAGGCUCUUCGAAAGGAGCUGCAGACAUGGAAGGUCGACGUGGUGUUGAAUGAUGGAGCCCCGAACGUGGGAGCCAACUGGCAGCAUGAUGCCUUCUCACAAGCUCAUCUGACCCUCAUGGCAUUGAAGUUGGCCUGUGACUUUCUGAACAAAGGUGGCACUUUCGUCACCAAGGUUUUCCGCUCCAAAGACUACCAGCCGCUGCUCUGGAUCUUCCAGCAGUUCUUCAAGAAGGUGCAGGCGACCAAACCACAGGCGUCUAGGAACGAGUCUGCUGAGAUCUUUGUUGUCUGUCAGGGUUUUGUUGCCCCGGAUAAAAUUGAUGCGAAAUUCUUUGACCCCAAACAUGCGUUCAAAGAGGUGGAGGUUCAGGCCAAAACUGUGAAGGAGCUGAUUCCUGACAAGAAGCCAAAGGCGGAGGGAUACGCAGACGGUGAUCUGACACUCUACCACAGUUUCACAGUGACGUCUUUUCUCAAAGCAGAAAAUGCUAUUGACUUCCUGGGCAAAGCCAGUGAGAUUACCUUUGACAAUCCUGAACUGGAGUCUCACAGCACCACCAGCAUUGAGAUAAAGGAGUGUCUUCGUGACAUCAAAGUUUUGGGCCGCAAAGAACUCCGCCUGCUGCUGAACUGGAGGUCCAAGCUGAGGAAGUACCUGUCCAAGAAACUGAAGGACUCCAAGGAGCGUGACCAGGAUAUCAAUUUAAGUUCUGGUGAAGAAGAGAGUCACUCAGAGGGAGAACCAGACAAGAAGAAAGGGGAAGAUGAAGAGGAAGAUGAAGAGGCAGAAAUGGAGAAGAAGCUGGCAGAGUUGAAAGCUGAGGAGGUGUCUGAGCUCAAACGGAAGAAAAGGAAGCUGUUGAAGGAGCGGAGGAAGCAAAGGGAGAGGGUGGAGCUUAAGAUGGAUCUGCCAGGCGUCUCCAUUGCUGACAGUAACGAUGUAACCCUGUUCUCCCUCACUACCAUCAAGAAGAAAGAGACGCUGGCUAAUAUAUCCAAAGGGGACAUGCAGUUAGCAGACACCCUGAUAGGAGAAGAUGAUGACCUUCACCUGUCCGAUGACGAGGACGAUGAGGCGGAUAAAAUGUCCCUGGCUUCUGAUUUAGAUGAAGAAGACAUGGAGGAGGUGGAGUUGAACCAGAAGGAGCUGGAGAAGAAAGCGCCUAAGAAAAAAGUAACAUUCACUGAGGAGGAGGAGGACAAUGAAGGAGAGGGGAGUGGCUUGCUGGUGGAACUAGAAGGAAAGGAUGAGAAGAGAGAGCGAGAGACCAAUCUGUGGUUCAGCAAGGGCAUCUUUUCUGAGAUCGACCUGGAAGGAGACGCAGAGAGUGAGCUCAGACAGACCCAGUGGCUCCAGGACAAACAAUCAAGCAAAAAGAGGAAAGCUGAGGAGCAGGAGGAGGAGGAAGAAGAGGAGGAAGAGGCUGCUCAGCCAGUGGAGGAGGAGGCGGCAGGACCUUCACAGAAAGCCAAAGAAGAGAGUGACAGUGACUCAGAUGACAGCACCGAUGAUGAAAAGGAGAUUAGCAGGAUGAAGCAUGGCAGAGGUGCUAAUGGUAUGGCAGGAGAGGUCGAGGACGACGACUUCCAAGUUGUUCCUGUUGAAAGCAUCAGCAAGAAAGCCAGGAUCCUGGAUGCAGAAGGUCUGGCCCUGGGCUGUCAAAUUGCUACGUCCAAAAAGAGAGCCAGAGACCUGGUGGACGGCUCCUUUCACAGGUUUGCUUCAUCCGAGGAGGUGUGGGAUGUACCUGAGUGGUUCCUGGACGAUGAACGCAAACACCGGAAGAAGCCAGUGCCAGUUACCAAGGAGAUGGUGGAGGAGUACAAACAGAAGUGGAAGGAGAUUGAUGCCCGUCCCAUUAAACGAGUUGCUGAGGCCAAGGCCAGGAAGAAGAGGAGGAUGCUGAAGAAGAUGGAGUCGGCCAAGAAAAAAGCAGAGGCAGUCGUCAACACAGUGGACAUCUCUGAGAAGGAGAAAAUGUCUCAGCUGAAGAGUAUCUACAAGAAAGCUGGCUUGGGGAAGGAGAAGAGAGAUGUAACUUAUGUCGUGGCCAAAAAGGGAGCCGGCAAGAAAGUGAGAAGACCUGCCGGCGUCAAGGGAGUCUUCAAAGUGGUGGACAGUCGCAUGAAGAAAGAUAUGCGAGGAAUGCAACGGAAAGAACAAAGCGCUAAAGGGCGCAAAGGAAAAGGUGGCAAAGGAAGACCGUCAAAGGGUGGAAAAGGAGGAGUGAAGAGUGGUAGAGGGCGAAAAGGAAAAUAAACUUGAACCUGUAUCACUCUUUAAAGUCCUGCCUUUCUAUUUAACUGUUAAUCAUUACCUGGUCUCAUGUUCUAGGUGAGCAUCUAUUGAACUUUGUGAGCUUAGAUGCCACAGUUUGAGCUCCAACAUGAACUUUGGUCUUUGAUAAGAGCGCCAUCUUUUUGGGCAACCUUGGCUGAGGUUUCUUAAACUCUUUGACACCCAAAUUGUGUGUUUGGGAUAUUGAAAUGCUGGGGUUCUGUGCACGUCUUUCUCAAGAUGUAUAGUAUUUGCCUUGAAUGGAGUGGUUUCACUGAACUGCCGAUCAGUAAAUCAAGUUUCUUCAGAAAUGUAUCUCUUCAUUUUGUAAAUAUAUCUUUGCAAUAAAAAUGUUUGUUGAA